AUGCAGCUGUUGGUCGUCUCCACCCCAUCGGGCUGGCAACGUGGGAUGCCCAUGCUCAUUAUGCGUUGCUGUGGCGCCGCGCUCUCGACACACUGCGCCUGGCGUCACCUGUUGCACCGACUGCGUUGGUACAUGCACUGCAUACGCUACAACAGCUCGCUUCCCAAGAAGGACGCCAACGCCCUCCCUAACAACACUUUGGUGCACUUACCUUGGGCUUGGAGAAUCGUCACGCUGGCCGACGGCUACAGCCCGGCAACAGUUCAGGAGGCAUUGCUACAGUACAUGGUUUCAUUGGGGAAGCGGUGGCUUCGGCAUUCCUGCAAGAUGUUGCGGCGUUGCACCAUGAGGAAGCCGGCCCUCCUGCCCCGCCUCCAGCCCCCGGACCCGGUAGCCCACGCGCUAACACUGCGCGAGCAUGAACCCGAUCCUGACACCCGGUUCCGCUACCGGGCUUCCUUGGCGAACCUUGACCCUUUUAUAGCUGAGGACGUCCUGGCGCGGCCGUGCUGCGUGUUUCGGGCGCCCCCGCACUUUUGCAAAGGUGUGCUCCGCAAAGCACUCCAGGUAGCGUUGGAGUUGAUUCGGUCAUGUUCUCGAACUGCGAACGGUGCUGAUGGCAUUCACUUGGUUCGCGCUUGGAAACUGUGGUUGUUCCUUCCUCGCAUGCUCCUGCACCGGCCUGCAGGCGGGGCUCGCGUUGGGAAACCGGCACUGUUGGUACGGUUCCAGUCGUUCAUGCAGGGUGACUGGGCGCUGUUGCUUCGAGAUGCCUUGUUGCGCCCGGCACCUAGCUCACCUUGGAGAGCUGUCGGCAGCGCGACAGGAGCAGCGCCCGGGCCUUCUGGAUUCACAGCUGAAAUCCUGCGAGUCGUGUUGGAUGCUGACGACUCCACACACGCCUUUGCGGAUGUGGCGUCGCUCUUUGCGCAGGCACAAGUCCCUGAGGACAUGCGUGCGGCCCUCGGACUGGGCCGAAUGGUUGCUCUCCGCAAGCCCACUGGCGGUACCCGUGGAUUAGUCAUCGGUGAUUUCCUCCGGCGCCUCGUCGCACCUACACUCGCACAACAAUUUGCGCCCUCGCUUGAAGAAGCUUGCCGCCCUCAUCAAUACGCCCUCGAUAACCGUGCAGGCUUGGAUGCUUUGGUGCACCAUGUGCAGCCAGGUGCGCGCUGCGCGCUCGACCCUACCCUCACGGUUGUGGGCAUCAGCCGCCAGGCGACCCUGCACGAGCUCCGCAAUUUGCCCGAGGCCCGAGGCGGCUGCCCUACUGCCGUUCGCGAGGUUGUGGCUUGGGAGCACUUGGAAACCAGCCUCACGGACGUGUGCUGCAGCCGCACAGGCGGCAGCGAGGGUCGGCGGCAUGCCCGCGCGGCGCACGGAGGCAAUUGCGCGAUCGUGCUACCUGGAAUAGUCAGCGGUGCAAUGCGGGCGCAGCAUGCGGAGGAGGUAAUUGGCGCGGCUGAUGCGCAGAAAAGGCAACCUGGACGGCUGCUCAGCCUCGGCGAGCUCCAGGACCCAACCAAGCGGCGUGCCCUCGUCUCCGGUUGGCUGCGCCGGCGCGCGCCAGCAACCGCCCAACAGCGUCGAGGCCAAGGCGCGCUGCAACGCGCAACCCAGCUGCCCCCACCACCGGCGUUCCCACCCGGAGCGGGCAGCAGCUCGCAGCGCCCUCGGCGCGCGCAGGGGGCGCUGUUGCGCGAGGUCGCGGACGAGGUCGUGCGCCUCUUGCCCACUUCGUCCGCCGACCUCCACAGUCAGGACGACGAGGCGCUGCUCCGGAGACGGCGCCGCUUCCAGCAGUUCGCGCCAGCACCCAGCCUCGAAGGCCACGCAGCGCGUGCACGAACGCACGGCGCACGCCAGCAGCUAGCCAGCUUCCGUGCAGCAGACCGUGUCCACCUCACUGCAGCUGAGUUGGGAGAAGCUUUGCGCACGGCUAAGCGUGGCAGCGCUGCUGGCCUGUCCGGCGCGGCGGUGGAACACUAUCGCUUGCUGCUGGAGGACGAGGAGGCGAUGGACUUGCUAGCGCACGCGGCAUCCCUUUUGGCGAAUGCUGAUGCGCCCGCCGCCGUGCUGCAAGCCCUCGCGUUGUCCCGGCUCACCGCCCUUUCCAAGCCCGGCGGCGGCGUGCGCGGGAUCGCGACCGGAGACACGCUACGCCGACUGGUGUCACGAGCGUUGGCGCGACAGCAUGUUGUUUUUUUUUUUCUCCUCGCGCCUUUUUGCAUCCGCCGCAGUCAGGGUCGGGUCGGUCGAGUCCACGGGUCCCCGUCGAGGGCCCGGGGGAGGGACCUAGGCCCGGCUGGGCAGACGGCUUGGUGCCGGGACCUCGCUCUCGCUCCAGCGGGCGUCAGCCAGGAGCUCGUGCAAGGCUGGGGGUGUGCCAGCAGCACAGGGCUCAAACGGGACGGGGAGCUCGAGGUCCAGAUGUAA